AUUCGAAAAGUCGAAAUUUUCUUCUCAAAAGACGUCCCGCUUCAAUCCGAAAUUGCUGACUUUUUGAAAUUUUAAACUCCUUAUAUUGAGAGCAAAUUGAAAUUGAGAUUUCGAGAGUGUACAAGCACGAAGAGCGACGUGAAAACAAGUGAAAUAUUCCUCGCGAAGCUGCACUUUUGAAGCAAGAUACGAUUUUCAGUUUCACGCACUUUAUAACGACUUAAUUGUUUCGAAAUGUCUACAAAAAAUAAUCUUUGCUUACUACCAUUAUUAUUAACAUUUGUGUUCUGGUUAUUGGCAAUUUUAUUGAUAAAUAUCAAUUACGCUAAUUCGAUGGACGUAAGGCCAAAAAUGUAUAGAUAUUGUUGGACUAAAGACAGAUUGAUAGCCUCAGAAGAAAUUGAUGAAUACUUAUUGGUGGAUGGUGAAUUGAAUUCGACAAUUUUAUUGGAAUGUCAUUUCUGCAAGAAGAAAUACAAUUAUCAACCAAAAAUAUGGUAUUAUCAAGAUCGUUAUCAAUAUUUACCUGAAAAAGAAGUAGAUUUAGGAAUGGAUAAUAAUAUUUCAUUCAGCAAAAUUCAUGUGACACCAAAAUUUUCUCUUGUAAUUAAAAACUUGAACCUAGAAGACGCGGGAAUUUAUCGAUGCCGUGGAAAAGAAGGCCUGAAUUCUGAAAAUAAAUUUAAUUACAGACUAGAACCUGUUUUCAAUAAAAUGAUUGAAAUAACCGAGGAAAGAGGAAAUUUAUCAGAUUGGCAAACUUAUCAUGACACCCAGUUAGCUCCUGUUACGAUGCGCUUUGCUAUGUCGAGAAUAUUGGAAAUGGCUUUAAUUAGGGAAGCUGGAAUUGCACUAGAAUUAAUAUCAGAGUGGGGUCCAUGGAGUCCUUGUCGCGAAAGAUGCAAAUUUGGAAAAGGCUUUAGAACUAGACGAGGAUUUUGCAGAAUAAAAAUAAAUAUAAACAAAACUGCAUCUACUGGAAAAGUGGAUAAUUCGAGUAUUGUAAAUUUCUUCCUCAAAUUUCCAUUGCUACCUUGCAGAGCCAUCAUCCUGGAAAACUAUACUGAAAUUAUUAAUGCUACAAGGUAUUUGCCAGAAUUUAUUUUGGAAGAGAAAUGCAACGGAUGCAAAAAAGUAAAAAAGGCCAAAGGACAUAAAUUUAAAUACAAAAGAAAAUAUGUUUUGGCUAAAGGAGCUCAUCUUACUAUAUCAUGCCCUGAGUAUAACAUGUCGAGCUUAGAAACUGAAGUGGUAUGGAGAAAAAAUGCUCUUCUUUUGGAAAAAGGAAAAGGUCGAUCAUUUCGGAAAAAAGAUCCCGAACCGAGAGUUUUGGUUGAUACUUUUUCUACCCUUAAUCUUAUCGACGUUUCAGAAUACGAACAGGGAAAUUAUACUUGCUAUGUUAACAAUGUGCGAAUGAUGCAAGUAAAAAUUGUUGUGUACCCCAAAUUACGAUUUUUUACUCAAGCUUUUCUGCGUCACUUGGGAUAUUUGGGGAUCAUUCUACUCAUUGCAUCAUUUUUUUAUUGCGGUGGCUUAGUUGUUGUUUUUCGACAAAGAGACAAAUUCAAAAUUACAGAUUAUAAGGAAAUAGCUACUUACAACAAUGACUAGGCAAGAUGAUCAAGGAGGAAAAGGAUUCCAAAAAACGCAUUAUUUUCAACUCGAUACAAUGAAUGUCUACAUAAUAUUAUUUGAUCUACAGUU